ACUAAGCACAGCUGUAAUGGCAACAAAUGAAAUACUGGAGGGCUUGAUCAAAGAUCCGGACAGAUUAAAGGAUUUGGCAGAUGAAGCAAAAGAAUUAGCUCUUCAACAUGGGGCUUUACUUCGGAUAUUUGAGAACCCCAAUUCAUCUGAGGUAAUUACCUACACUCCGUUCACACUCUUUCCAUCCCCUGUGCCCAAAGCCAAGUUCCUCCAGGCUCUGGCACUGCAAAUUCACUACAACCUGCUGGUGGACAGGAUCAGCCAGGAUCCAGGCUUUUUGGAGGAGGCUCUUGCAAGUACUAUCCAAGCAGAUGACUUCACAGCUAAUCUGUUUAGGUUAUACAGAGAAGUUCAGCAGGAAGGCAGGACUAAGUCCAUUGUGAUGGGGCUGAACCGGUCUGACUACAUGCUGGACCAGAGAGAGGAUGGGACUUGUUCUCUGAAGCAGACAGAAAUCAACACCAUUGCAGUUGGUGGAAUUUGUAUCUCUGGCAAUCUUCCUGUGGUGCACAGACGUAUCCUGCAGAUGCUUGGUCUGCUGGAAGAGAGCCAGUGUGUCCCUGAAAACAACUGCAUAGCUGGAAUGACCAGAGCACUAGCCAGGGCCUGGGAGCUCUACGGACAACAGGAGGCGGUAGUUAUGUUUCUGGUUGAGGAUGUCCAACUUCACAAACUUGGUCAACGUUGCAUUGAGCAUCAGCUCUGGAGAAGAGGCAUUCGUGUUAUCCGAAGAAAGUUUGAGGAGGUGUCAAGCACAGGACAUCUUAACGGUGACAAAAAAUUGUUUGUAGAUGGACUGGAGGUAGCUGUUGUGUUCUACUGUCAUGGAUUCAUGCCCGAAAAUUACAAAGAACAGAGUUGGGAUGUUCGUCUUCUGAUGGAGCGCUCUCUGGCUGUGAAAUGUCCAGACAUCAGCACCCAUCUGGCUGGAACCAAGAAGGUCCAACAGGAACUGGCCAGGCCUGGAGUCCUGGAGAGGUUUUUCCCCGACCAGCCGCAAGUGGUGGAGCAGAUCAGAGCCACCUUCGCUGGCCUCUACUCUCUAGACAUGGGUCCUGAGGGUGACCAAACAGUGGCCAUGGCUUUAGCCAACCCAGAGAAGUUUGUCCUGAAGCCGCAAAGAGAAGGAGGAGGGAACAAUGUCUAUGGAGAAGACAUUGUCAGGGUACUUGAGGAAGUUAAAGGUGACAAAAGGAGAGCCGCUUAUAUCCUGAUGGACAAGAUCCGACCCAAAACAGAACAAAACAUCCUGCUGAAGACAGGUCAACCACUCAAACUCACCUCUGUUUGUUACGAGAUAGGAGCCUUUGGAGCCUAUGUGAGGCAGGGUAAAGACAUGGUGAUGAACGAGUGUGUGGGUCAUCUGCUGAGGACCAAGAAUUCAGAGCAGUUUGAAGGGGGUAUAACGGCAAGAGUUUCUGCGCUAGACAAUCCACUUCUGGUCUGAGACCUUAACACAGCUACCUGCUGGACUCUGACUACAACUGCACAAGCAGACAACUGUGAAAUCAGGGUUGCACUUUAGAGCUUUGCCACGACUCGAGUCAGAAAGAAGAGAUGCUUAGCAACAUCUGUCCCAUGUUUAGGUUUUUUCCCAAAAUUAUAAAAUAAAGGUUUGGUCACAUUCUUGGAAAUGACUAAGGGAAGGAAAACUAUAUACAACAAAAAGGUGAAUGACCACAUUUGACCACAAAUGCACUGAACAUCACAGAUUGAUUCAUAUAUAGGAGUGUAACAAAUCCGUGUAUUGUUUUCCUUAAAAACCAUUAUAUUCUCCCUGGGUAAAUGUCUGCUAUGACAGAUGAUACUCAAGGUUACUAGCUUACUUACUUACUUACUUACAUGUAAUUAUAAAAUGGUGCAGUUACUGAGACAAAUUGUAAUUAAAUUAGUUACUAGUCAAAAUGUUUGUGAUUACAAAGGGAUUGCAUCUGAAUAUAUUCAUUUUGAUUAAAAAAAAAAGAUUAUAUAUAGGAUAUAACAUUGAUUCUGUUGCUCUGCUUUUUGCCAUGCAGGAAAGUCUUCUUUUGCCAGAUUUCCAGACAGAAAAGCUGUUGGGACAAAUCUGAGUGCAACAAGGUUGGAUACAAGGAGCUGUCUGUAUAUCUAGACAGGCUCUAUUCAUUUGGCAGAAUGUGCUCAAAUUUUGUUGUUUUUCAUUGGUUCUCUUGUUUGAAUUUGCACCGCCUCUCAUCUGCCAAUCAAAUCAAAGCCUGUUGCUCUGAGCAGCCAGUCUGCCUCAGCCGUGCCUGGCUGCGACCAGCUAAUCACAUCAUGGUCAUUUGUUGUUAGCCACAUUCAUUUGUAUAAUCAGUUGAUGAAGCAAGAGCUCGCAAAAAUUACAAUAAGAAGUAAUUGUUUUCAUGAUCUCAGUUUUCUUGAUAUAAAAGUUUUGAAACCACUGAUUGAGACCAACAGCAGUUUAAACAGAAGAGCCAAGUUUUCCCCUCUCUGCAAAGGUGCACAUGUGUACCAUGGUAGGUAAGAAAAAACAUAAUUUAUGGCAAAAAAAAAAAAAAGCACAAGUAAGCAAAAAGCAAGGGUAUCAAAAAAAAAAAAAAAAAA